AUGGGUAUGGUUCUUGUUUAUUGUUUCUGCUGUGCCCUACUCAUGGCAAUUGUAUUGAGAGAGUUCAAAAAGAGAAACCAAGAGAAGAAAAGAGCAAAUUUGCCACCUGGUUCAAUGGGUUGGCCUUAUAUUGGAGAGACACUUCAACUCUACACUCAGAAUCCUGACAUCUUCUUUGCUUCCAGGCAAAAAAGGCAUGGAGAGAUAUUCAAAACUAGCAUUCUUGGAUGCCCUUGUGUUAUGGUGGCUAGCCCUGAAGCUGUCAGGUUUGUGCUGGUGAAACAAGCUUGCCUUUUCAAGCCAUCAUACCCACCAAGCAAAGAAAAAUUGAUUGGCCCAUCAGCAAUAUUCUUCCACCAAGGGAUUUAUCAUAAUCAAUUGAGAAAACUAGUACAGGCUUCAUUAUCUUUUGAUGUUAUCAGAAACUUGGUCCCCCAUAUUGAAGCUAUUGCUAUCUCUGCCUUGGAAUCUUGGUCUAGUACUUCUGGGAAAGUUUUCAACACUUUCUAUGAGAUGAAGAAGUUCACUUUUGAUGCUGCUGUUUUAUCCAUCUUUGGUAGCUUGGACACUUGCUAUGGAGAAAAUCUUAAAAGAAAUUACUACAUUCUAGACAAAGGUUACAAUUCUUUCCCAACACAUCUACCUGGUACUUUAUACACCAAAUCAGUCAUGGCAAGAAGAAGGCUUAGCAGGAUUCUUAGCCAGAUAAUAAGGGAGAGAAAGAAGAAGGGAUUAGUGCGGAAAGAUCUACUUGGUUUUCUGCUCAACUUCAAAGAUGCAAAUGGUGAAGCCUUAUCCAAUGAUCAAAUCAUUGAUAACAUACUUGGUGUACUGUUUGCUGCACAGGACACCACAGCUAGUCUCCUAACAUGGAUUCUUAAAUAUAUUCAUGAUGAUUCAAAACUUUUUGAAGCUAUUAAGAUAGAGCAGACAGCGAUUUACGAAUCAAAUGGGAGAGGAAAAAAUCCAUUGACAUGGUCUCAAACUAGAAAUAUGCCAAUUACAAAUAGGGUUAUAAUGGAGAGCUUGAGGUUGGCCAGUAUCAUUUCUUUUACAUUUAGAGAAGCUACCCAAGAUGUUGAAUAUAAAGGAUUCUUAAUUCCAAAAGGAUGGAAAGUUCUUCCUUUGUUCAGAAACAUUCAUCACAAUCCAGAUUUCUUCACUGACCCACAUGUAUUUAACCCUUCUAGAUUUGAGGUUGUACCAAAGCCAAAUACUUUCAUGCCAUUUGGAAAUGGUGUUCAUGCAUGUCCAGGGAAUGAAUUUGCCAAGCUAGAGAUGCUGAUUCUAAUUCAUCAUCUGGUCACCAAGUUCAGAUGGGAAGUUGUAGGGUCUGCAAAUGAGGUUCAAUAUGAUCCAUUUCCAGUGCCUCAACAAGGACUUCAAGCUAAGUUUUGGAAAGAAUCUACCUCCACAGCUGUCCAUCAUCUUUAACAACUUCCUUCUUUCAUUUUCAUGCACAUCUAGGCUUUAAAUCAACAUCCUUCAGUACCAUAAAUAAUGCCUCUCACUUUCACAUGUUAAACAAGGAAAAGUGAGAAAUAUAAGUUUUAAAUAUCAAGAAAUAUAGA